CAUGGGCAGAGAUCAGCCCAGCGCCGGCAGCCGCCGCACGGGCUCGGACCAGCCCGGCCCACCGCGCCGCCCUGCCCCGCGGAGCCACGGCGGAUGGCGGCCGGCGCCGAGAAGAUGCUGAACCUCAUGGAGGCCGGCGGGUCCCUGCUGGAGCGGGUGGCCGUCGGCAACCCCCUCUCCCUGGUGCUGGCCGCCUCCGCCUUCGCGCUCAGCCUCGGCUACCUGUUCCAGCUGGGGUACCGGCGACACCUGGGCUCCGAGCAGAAGAACUACCCACCUUUUAUUUCGUCAGGCAUCCCUUUCCUUGGUCAUGCAAUUGCAUUUGGAAAAAGUCCCAUUGAAUUUUUGGAAAAUGCUUAUGACAAGUAUGGACCUGUCUUCAGUUUCACUAUGGUUGGCAAGACAUUCACAUACCUGCUGGGCAGUGAUGCUGCUGCUCUGCUGUUCAACAGCAAAAACGAGGAUUUGAACGCAGAGGAUGUGUACUCGCGGCUGACGACGCCGGUCUUUGGCCGGGGAGUUGCCUAUGACGUCCCGAAUGCGAUAUUUUUGGAACAGAAGAAGAUGCUCAAAACUGGGCUAAACAUUGCCCAGUUUAGACAGCAUGUAUCUGUGAUUGAAGAAGAAACAAAGGAGUAUUUCAAAGCAUGGGGAGAAUGUGGAGAAAAAAACCUGUUUGAAGCCCUUUCAGAACUGAUCAUUUUGACAGCAAGCCAUUGCUUGCAUGGGAAGGAGAUCCGAGGUUUGCUGGAUGAGAAGGUGGCUCAGCUGUACGCCGACCUGGAUGGGGGUUUCACUCACGCUGCCUGGCUGCUGCCAGGCUGGCUGCCUCUGCCGAGCUUCAGACGACGAGAUCGAGCACACAGAGAAAUAAAGAAUAUUUUCUACAAGGUUAUCCAGAAACGUCGAAAGUCUGAGGAAAAGGAGGAUGACAUGCUCCAAACUCUACUUGAUGCUUCAUACAAGGACGGGCGCGCGCUGACGGACGAUGAAAUAGCGGGAAUGCUGAUCGGGCUGCUGCUGGCAGGGCAGCACACGUCCUCCACCACCAGCGCCUGGCUCGGCUUCUUCCUGGCCCGGGACAAAGCCCUGCAGGAGCAGUGCUAUGCAGAACAGAAAGCUGUGUGUGGGGAGGACUUGCCACCCUUAACUUACGACCAGCUCAAGGAUCUCAGUUUGCUGGAUCGCUGUCUAAAAGAAACUUUAAGGCUUAGACCUCCUAUAAUGACCAUGAUGAGAAUGGCCAGAACUCCUCAGACUGUUGGUGGAUAUAAUAUUCCCCCCGGCCAUCAAGUGUGUGUAUCUCCCACUGUUAAUCACAGACUCAGAGACUCCUGGAAUGAUGCUCUGGACUUCAAGCCUGACAGAUACCUCCAAGAUAACCCAGCAGCUGGAGAGAAGUUUACAUACAUUCCAUUUGGGGCUGGCCGUCAUCGCUGCAUUGGAGAAAACUUCGCUUAUGUUCAAAUUAAGACUAUUUGGUCUACUUUGCUUCGUUUGUAUGAAUUUGAUCUCAUCAAUAACUAUUUUCCAACUAUAAAUUAUACAACAAUGAUACACACACCUAACAACCCUGUUAUCAGAUACAAGAGGCGGUCACUGUAAACUCUGGCGCUAAAACCUUACUUUUUAAAGUUGUGUGAACUAACAGACUUCUGAAUAAAAUUGUGACAGAAUAAGUGGCAGAUGGAAGCUGAUGAAUCUACUGUUAGGAAAGCAACAGUAGUCUACCAAAUGUCUAAGUUUUGCAUCUAUUUUGUUUGCCCACAGUGUUUACUGCUGCUGUGUAUAAUUGCUUGUUCUACAAUUUUCUCAUUGCAUUUUUAAAGCAAAAGCAUCUUUUCUAUUGAUGUAACACUUUUAAGGUGCAUGCCAGAUCCUCUUAAUGAAGAAAAACUAAUUUCUACACAUGGAACUCUUUCCUUUUGAAAAAUAAUUGAAGAUUACUUUCCCCAGAUAACCAAGGGGCAAGGCUGCCUACCUUGCCUCUGUACCCAAUUUCAGCAAACCCAGCUGGGAACAGGCACCACAGGGGACUGUACUUGGUGGGGCCUCCUUUGGCAUUUAUGAUCCUGUUCCAAGCGAGGGAUGGUCUUGGCUGGUUUAAGAAAAUGCUACUGUACAAUUAAGUGGUAGGCAGAGUUCAAAGUGUUCACAGGUAAGUCAUUUCAAGAAUGAGCCAUUUAACUGUCUAACUUGAAGUAGUUGUAAAAUGCUUAUGUUCAGAAAGCAACAAGUAAUUCUCUAAAAAAAAAUUGAAAGUGGUGAUCUCUGGAAGUUUGAUGUCAAGUGUAAGAGUAACAAUAUGAAGAUACCAACAACAUGAAUUUUGUAAAUAACAUGUGUAUAAAAAGGUGAAAUAGCUGAAUGUUGUCUGGGUUUGUACUGACUCAUGCAGGAUUGUUAAAUGGUGUUUGGUUCAAGAGUGCUUAUGACAAAUGGUAAUGAGCCCUGGCUCAUGGGAAUUUUGAAUUAAAUUUGUAAACAAACGUCUUGGGUAAUUUUUCCAUGCUCAACUCUGAACAACUUUUUGAAAAGAUUUCAUCAGUAAAUUUUAAACUCUCUCUUGGAGUGGGCAGUGUCCCCUUCAGCAGUGCUUCAUG